AGGACAAAUGCUGGCAGCCGCUUACGUGGCUGGCCGGGGCGUUUAGGUUGCCUCCUGCGUUGUGGGAACUAUAAGUGUUAAGAUUGUAGCUCAGUAUAACGAUCAAACAAAUUGGCAAACGCCACUGAAAAAAUUGCAAUUUGAUUUUUUAUAAAACCACUAUCACUUGAGGUAAAAGAUAAAACAUCCAUCCAAGGGCUUUAUUUGUUACAGAUACAGUUUUGGUGUAAGCAAUUCAGCUGGUGGUGUUUGUACGAGCUUACGAGGAGCACUUGAAGGCGGCAUUUUUCCAAAGAAACAAGGCCUGUUGAAUUCCUUCACAGUAAAAGUUGCCAACAGUGUGCCAGUGUGCUAAAAUGCCUACUGAAGUAAAGCAGAGGAAGAAGACGCAGUCACAGAAGCAAAGUGAUGAAGUGUCCGAAACGUCGGCUACAAAUGGAGCACAAAAAGUGAAGACGGAAGCUGGAAACAACGCAGGAGCAAAUAAAGCGUAUUCGAGUUUGGAUAUUAGAAGUAUAAUGUGCUUAUUGUCGCUUGCAGCAUGCGGGGCUCUGAGUUGGGUGGUGCUACAACAGAAUGAGAGGUUUUCCAAAAUUGAAGAAAAGUACAGAUUUUUGCACGGAAAAACUUCAAGUCUGUUCGACAUGGAGGAAGAAGUCCUAAAGGUUUCUAAAAAGCUUGCCGCCUCUGAGGAUGACCUACAGGAGGCGCUCUCCACCAUCUCCUUGGCGACACGACUCCAGCAGGACAUCUCCAUCCUCCACGCUGCUGUCAUGGCGAUGCAGGCCGAUGAGAACUCUGCCUCCCGUGAUCUGCAGAUGGUCAACGCCCACUUCCUCAACGUGACGGAGACGUGGCAGCAGCGUCUGGCAGCCAUCACCUCUGACCUGGCCGCCCUCAAGGCAGAGUCACGGGAAGCUCACACCGGAGCCACAGAGCGGGUGAACGAGGCUGAGCGGAGGGCCCGGUCGCUGGCGGAGAGGUUGGAGGAGCUCGAGGACAGCACAAAGAGGAACGCCAGAGCUAUGGAGCGCGCAGAGGAAGAUGACGCCAAGCGAGCGCAGGAUCAGCUGGACUGGAACACCAAGCAGAUCCACAACCUGGAGGAGCACAUCAGCAGCCUGAACAAGAGGGAGGCUGAGCUCAGGUCUCAGCUCCAGGAGCACAUUCCCAGGGCGCAGGAGUGUGAAGAGCACCUGCCCCAGGUAGAGGCGGCGGUGCGCUCCAUCCUGAGGCUGGGGGGUGACCUGAGCGGGGCGGAGAAACGGCUGGAAGAGGUGACGUUACAGGUGUUUGGGACUGAGGACAGCAUGCUGAAAGCACUGAAUGAAAUCCUUGAGAUCAGACAGGAGCUGGACACCCUGCAGGCUCAAAACAGCAUCCUCAAGAUGAAGAAUGAGUUGUCGGUGGUUAAAGAGGCGGUCCGUGAACUCACCAUGGUGCUGAGGGAAAAUGCAGUCGACAGCCAAAAGGACUCUGACACUCUAGAGGAAGACGGAUGGAAAGACGAUGAGGAGGAGGAGGAGUGGGGAAAAGAUGAUGAAACAACUCAACACCUUUAUGAUGACCUCACUGAAUGAUGUCAUUGUUUUGAGUCGACUAGGGAAAAGGAGCGGCCCUGUCUUACUAUUUGCUGUAAAAGGCUGUUAAAGUUCAGUAUUAAUGUUUUUUUCUAAAUGUAUACCUCAAUUUCAUGUCAGAAAAUUGUGACUAUCAUUGCAUAAAAGUUCACUGAACAUGAACUCUGGUAUACAUGCACUGUAUUAUACAAGUACAAUCAAAAAUGUAUUUUAAUAUUUGUUUAAUGUGGAGUUACACCUUCAGGUUUCUUUAGUAAUUGUAUAAAACAUGCCUCAUUACUCUCAAGCCAGCCAUUUGCACUGAUAGCCAUUCUUACCAGAUGUAAAUACAUUAGAGCUGAAACGCUUAGUCGAUUAAUCAAUUGGUUGAUCGACUAUAAUAAUGAAUAAUGAAAAUAAUUGGCAACUAUUUUGACAAUCAAUUAAUCGUCAGAUCAUCAUUUUUCUUGCAAAAGUUCCCAACAUUCUCUAGUUGUAGCUUCUGAAUUUUGCGGAUUUGCUGUUUUUCAGUAGGUAACUGAAUAUUUUUAGGUUUUGGACAGUUGUUUGGGGAAAAACAAGCAAUUUGAUGACAUCACCUUGUGCGUUAGGAAAAUAUGAUUUUUCACAAUUCCUAAAAUCAAUAACAAAAACAAUCAUUAGUUGCAGCCCUAAACUACAUCUCUGUCAGUGUUGCCUUAGAUUUGGUAGAGGAAGCGCUUUUAUAGAUGUAUAAUAAAUCAUGUUUUUGAUGACUAUUAUUGUACAUUUCCAUCUGACUUUGGUUUCACCUGUUGAAAGCACGGUAAUCAUUUCAUCACUGAACUUAUUUAAUAAAAUCACCUUUUUUUAUUGAAAA